CACCUCCUUCCUCUCCAGGUCUACCACCAGUACCGGGUGGAGGGAAGUGAAGUACGGGCGUCUGUCUGUCCGUGUAUGUGUGUUUGUGAUUCGGGGCCCCGAGUGUCAUACCCUCUGUCAACAUGGGCAUCUGCAGAAGGGAGUGGAACGGGUGUUACUUCAACGUCCUCUUCCUGUUAACAUUAGGUGUCAGCAAAGGAAACCGAGGGAGCGUCAGCAUAGACCUGAGGUCAGCCAUCGUACGAGGCUUCAGCCCCCACGUUAAAUUCCUGGCGACGCCCUCCAGCACGCCUAACGUCACCGCCGACCUUCUGCAGGAUGCUGAUUGGUGCGGAAGAGAGGCUGUGUUAGAAGUGACCACAGAUCAAGAGGACACAACUUUAGUCUUAGAUUUGGAAUAUUCAGUUCCGAAGCUGUGGACUCUGCAUAUAGCUGAUUCCCUCGAAGCGACCGGCUACCGAGGCGGAAGCUACUCAGAGGCCCACAUAGUGAACCAACAAUGGCGCGUGUAUGGUCGAGGCCCUGAGCCACUCCAGGAUUCACUAGACGGUUCUCGACUCUUGGCACUGACCGACGGCGUCAUCCAGAGAUACUACCACUUCCGUCUGUAUCUCUCCCACCGAACCCUUGAAUGGAGGUACGGCCGCCAGUUCGGAGGCCGGCGAGGAAUUCUGGAACGACCAAAUCUCUUCCGAUCCCGUAAAGAAGAAGAAGAAGAGGAGGAGGAGGAUAAGGAAGAAGAAGAGAAAGUAAGCGGAAGAAAGGGGGGCGAGGAAAACCGUCGUCUGUACAUCGGCCUCAACCGAGUCCUGGGAGGAAGGUGGAGGAGAGGGUCUGGCCUGUGUCACGUGACCCUCGCUCUCGACAACGGAGAACAUGUUUGCCGCACGGGACACCAUCGGUGUGACAGCCACGCCGUCUGCAAAAGCUUCAAGAGAUUCCACAGGUGUUCUUGCAGAGAUGGCUGGGAAGGCAAUGGGCGCACAUGCACAGAUGUGGACGAGUGUCGAUUAAGGAACGGUGGGUGUGUCCACGUCUGCAUCAACGCUCUGGGGAGCUACACCUGUGCCUGCCACCGCGGGUUCCAGCCGCACCCCCUGGACCCGCACAAUUGCCAAGAUGUUGAUGAAUGUGCCACUGAUAACGGUGGGUGCCAACACCUUUGCACCAACACCCUCGGCUCCUUUACCUGCACCUGCAGGAGAGGAUUUGUGCUCUCGACGGAUGGGCGGUCGUGCGUCGUUUCCGAAGCUUGUUCAGCGUUGGAAUGCGAGCAGCAUUGCCUGGUUGGGGCUGGAGGAACGCCCUCUUGCGGGUGUAGGGAAGGCUACGUGCUUGUGAGGGCGACUCGAUGCCAACCUACUUGUUCGGUAGGUAACGGCGGUUGUCAGCAUCACUGUCACCAAACGACCACUGGGCCAGCUUGCACUUGCCACACCAAGUACCUUCUUGCAGCCGACGGCCAGUCGUGUGUUCCCUCAUGUGCCAUAAAUAACGGCGGGUGUGAAAGGAGGUGCCACAAUACUGCCACGGGAGUCAAGUGCUCCUGCCCGCCUGGAUUCACCCUCCAGGAGGACCAGCGAUCGUGCCUUGACAUAGAUGAGUGCCAAGAAGACAAUGGAGGCUGCGAACAUCGAUGCAUCAACAACUGGGGAAGCUUCGAAUGCACCUGCCCUUCCGGUUACAAGCUGAGUCCGGACGAACGAUCGUGUCACGACGUGGAUGAAUGCAUUGUCUCUCACACCUGCGAACACAUGUGCACCAAUUUUCCUGGAUCCUACCACUGUUCAUGCAAGCAGGGCUACGAUCUCUUUGCUAGAACGCACUGUGGAGAUAGGAAUGAAUGCAUUGUCGAUAAUGGUGGUUGUGAGCAUGCUUGUGUCAACACUGAAGGGUCAUUUUAUUGCUCAUGCAACCCUGGUUACAGGCUACAUCCGAAUGGCAGAGACUGCAUACUGAUAGAUAAGUGCACACCAAUAGGAAAUCCUCCAAAAGCAGAGAUAUCAUGUUAUCAUCUGGAAGAGUAUGACAAUGAAGAAAGGUGUACUGUGAGAUGUCAGAGGGGGACCACUUUUACUAUGGGUCCUGAUAACUAUUAUGUAUAUACGUGUGGUGGUAAUACAAAUUACAAGUGGACCAUGUCUAAUACAGAAGUCCAUGACCAGGCCAGAAAUGUACAGGAUCUCAAUAAUACACAUUUGGCAUGUUCAGAAACACAGGUUAGCCCCGGAUACAAGCGAUUGGUAAUGCUGAAGUUCAUUACAGACGCAGAUGACCAGGAUACUUCUAUGCAAUCUCUCUCUCAAGGACUUAUUGAUAUCCUCACAGAGAAGAUGAGUCAGUAUUCAGAGAGAUGCCAACUCAGAUUCAUCUCUGAGAAACUCUCACCAGCAUCCAAGAAGUCGACAACCACUCAACAAAAUGGUGUGGUAAGGACCAAUUUCGAGGUCCUUGCCUACCCAUCCUCAACCGACAGGAGGUGCCGGCGGAAGUGCCUUCGUCGACAUGCCCGUCACAUCCUCAAAGGUGCGCUUCUCUCCAUAAAUAAGAUUCUGAUGGAGAAUCAGGUCUUUAAAAGUAACUCCAAUGGUCACAGCUAUCAAGUCAUUCAAAAGACGCUAAAAGCUCGACGCAGGAUGACUGAAGCGUGCCCAGAUGGAUAUGUUUACGUCUCUAAUAAAUGUGUUGCCUGCAGCUUGGGAUCCUACCAUGACACACACAAGGACUUAUGUGUUGCUUGUUCUCCUGGCACCUACCAACCAUUAGAGGGCCAACUUCACUGUCUUCCUUGUUUACAUCCACCAAUUUCAGACACAUCUCACCACUUCAUGAAGCAAGGAGCAACCAGUAUCUCUGAAUGCUCAGAUACAUGUCCAGCUGGGCACUGGAGCACUGAUGGGUUCAGUCCCUGCCAGUCUUGUAUUCCUGGAACUUAUCAGACUUACACUGGUCGAGCGAGGUGUCAGCCAUGUCCAGAAGGCCAUAGUAUUUCUCCUUCUGGUGCUACCUCUUUCUCUCAAUGCUUCAGAUAUGAUGAAAUAUGUGAUCGAGGUGAAUAUUUUGAUUCUGAAGAAAUCCGUUGUGUGAAAUGUAGUGUUGGAUUUUACCAACCUGAGGUUGGCUCUUCUUCUUGCAUUCAGUGCCCAGGAAAUUCAACAACUGAUUUUGCUGGGUCAGUCUCCAUAGAGGAGUGCAAAAGACUCAAAUGUGGUGGUUUCGUAGGAGAGUUGGGUGGAAUAUUUGAGAGUCCCAACUAUCCAGGAGAUUACCCAAAUCAUGCCAAAUGUACCUGGGUAGUAAAGCCAAGCAAAGGACGUCGGGUACUGGUAGUAGUACCUGAGAUCCAUCUCAGUCCUGACCAGUGUGGUGACUACCUUGUCCUCAGAAAGUCAAAGUCACCGUACAGUACAGUUACCUUCGAAACUUGUGCUAGUGUUGAUCGCCCCAUGGUGUUCACAUCUAGAUCACGGCGCCUUUGGGUUCACUUCAGGAGUGAUCAUAAUGGUACUGCCAAGGGAUUCAGAAUUCAGUUCGUCACUUAUAAUGAAGAGUAUCAUAAACUCAUAGAGUCAAUCGUUCGAGACAACAGGCUCUAUUCGCUACAAAAUCAUAUUGAGAUUUUAAGGGAUCGUGAGCUCCUGCCAAAACUUCUGGAAGUCGUUGCUGAGCCCAUCAAAUAUUAUGAAUAUGCUCGAGAAAAGGACAAGUUGUUCCCCUCUUCUUUCAUAAGACUUCUUACACCAAAAGUCCGUCGCUUUUUCUCAUACAGAAGAAGGAGAAAGUGAGGCCAACAAUGAUCAGUGUUGAGGGAGUAGCCUUUGAGAGCCAAAUAUAAGAUUGCCUGUAUAGGAGAAGAGGUCCAGAACUAGGACUUUGAGACAGAAGAGAGCAAGAGAUGAAGAGAAGUUGUAGAUAUAUAUAGGAUCAAAUUGUUGGUUGGGACUAACUUUGAUGAGGGAGGAAAGUAUGGUGAAUGAAGGUGAGAGUAUCCAAAAGUACUUUCCUUCCUUAUAAGACACCAGUUCACUCUGCUUCACGAAUGAACAAAGUAAAGUGUUACCUUCCUUUUGCUCUCUUCUCUGACUGAUUCAGUUCAGAGGACUAUUUACAGAAGCCAGAUAUAGUGGCUUUGCAUAUAUGCGCAUAUACAUACUGUACAUAUAUUUCAGGUAUGUGUAUGCUCUAAAUAUUUAUUGUAUACUUACAUAACGUAUAUCAGAUAGAUAUGGGAUAUGUAAAUAUUGUACAAGAGGUUAUAUUUCAUCGUGCUCAAACCAUUUUGUUAUAGUGAAUCAUCACUUUUUCAGCAUCCAAAAAUUAUUUAUAGUGUGGUUAACACACUUCUUCAUUGACUUCAUGGAGGAUAUUUUUUACAUUGGUGUAUUUGUGCAUCAAUAAUUCCAACCAAAUCUAAAUUAUAAAAUUAUUUUAUUUGAGAAGUGAUGGGAAAGAUUGAUCAACUAAGCCCCUCCAACCAGACUCAAUAUAUGAGAUAUGGUAUAAACCCACCAGAACCAAACUGGCCUUCAUUUUUCUCUAGUUAAGGAAGCUGCUGUGAUUAAGUUAUAUAAAAAAGAAAAUAAGGAUUUCAUCUUAGAUGUGGUAGCUUUUACGAUCUAAGAUGCCUAGUGCCAAAGUGAUUUAGCAGGGCUAUGAUAGCUUUCUGCUAGCCUCCUAAGUGUUUCAUUGGUGGGGCAUUAGUAUUUUGCAUCGUAAACUUACUUUCUCUAUUCCAUUGGUAUUUGGAAGGUGAGGCUGAUCUAGGUAUUUAGGUACUUCCUUUGAGAGAUUCCUUUUUUAUGAGAAAAUGGUAAAGGAUGCAGAUGGCCACUUGACUACAUAUUAAUGUUAUUUUUCUUAUUUUUGUUAUAUCAAACCUAUAUGUAUUAGGUCGUGUUAUUUUUCCCUUCCAUUUCUGUCCAUUCUUCUAAACAUGUUAACCCUACAUUUACAUUAUUGAAUAUGAAGACUCCUCCACAGUCAAGAAGCCUUGCAAAUAUUGCUGGAAAAAACAACAGUUGACUUCUCAUAUUUACCAGUGCUUGUUGUAGUAGUGUAUAUCUUAUGUUUCUCAUCAAUUCAUUGCUCACUCAGAGCAUAGAAAAUUAAUGGGCCCACAGGAAAUGAAACAUAAGGAGUAGUGGAACCCCUAGUUCUUGGUACGUAUUUCCCACCCACUAUCCUCAUUUAGUGAGCUGCAGCGCACAACUAUACACUCAGUUUUUUCCAUCUGUCCAUCCGUCUGUGGUGUUUUCGAAUGGUAACACUGCGUCCCGGGCUGUACAUAGUUACGCUAUGUUAAGUUUUAGGUAAAUAAAAGGAUAUCUGGAUGUACAUUUGCAACUGAAAAGUGUUUUGAUAAUUUACUGUAUGCGAAUUACACCAUUAAUAUUCGAAAUAAGAUAUUAUCUAAAGCCCGAGGUGCAGUGUUACCAUGCGCAAACACCACAGGCGGAUGGACAGAUGGAAAAAAACAGAGUAUAGUAUAAUGUACUUUUAAAGCAUUCAAACCUUCCUACCAGAUCUUAGCCUGUACUCUCCUUUGGUUGCCUCUUGAUCAGUUUAUUUUUGCAGCUUUAUACUAAAUUUCAACCAUAUACCAGAGGUGGAGAGCACAGUCAUCAUAUGUAAUCAUGAUGGACCAUUCAGAUUUCCUCUUAAGAUUGUCAUAUUUGCUAGAGCAUCUGAGCAUAAAAAUCUUCUAGUGAGACUUGAAGAUUGAUUAACAGUUAAAUGGAUGCUUUUUUAUUAUUUUUAAGCCUUAUUUGAACAUAUUUUUCUAACUAUGAAAACUGCAGCUUCAAUUAAGCUGAAGCUGUUCUAAGUAUUCUGCCUUUAAACUUGAAAGAAAUCUUGAACACAGUUACCUGCAGUGCCUAUCCAGAAAAAAAUAAACUUUGAAAAGCUAUUUUGUCGCUUAAUGUGACUUGUUACCCACAAAGUACUUCCUUCUGGUGCUAAUGCAUAGCUCCCAAUAUUUUUUCCUAUAUGGAAUAUGGUUGUAUGGAAGGUGUAGUAAUCUGCGGCGUUUUCUUAUACUGCUUCUCUUUGUUUUAAAUUAGCACCUUUUUCAAAUAAAGAUAAAAAUUGGAAAAAGAAAGCUCACGGGGUGUCAAAGAUUAAAUGUAAUCAUGUGUUUUGGUUAGAAGAAAAAAAGUGCUUCAGAAUGGCUCAGGUGCAAAAGGGCUGUCAGUUUUUUAUACUGAAUGGGCUUUUUGCCUCGUGAUGUGCAUGAUGGUCCGUGAAUUAUUUGACUAGAGCUGAAGUACAAAUAAAUAUACCUUUAUGCUGCACCCUACGGAGCGUCUGUUCAUACUAUGUUCCUUAUUUGUGAAUAUUCUGGUGAAACAUAAUAACUGAUAUUCCUGGCAACCUUCCUUUUGGAUUAUGCCCCUGUAGACUUUUGUCUUUCCCUAAAAUUUAGAAUUGAUAAAAACUCACUAAUUUCAGACAAUAAAAUAGAUUUAAAAAAAUGUGUCACGGGACUUACCGAUCAUCCCUCAAAACUCCCUCCAAGAUAGAGUUAGUACCUGCAGACACUGACUGUGUUUACAAGGUUGGAGCAAAGUACUCUUGAAGUUUGGUUAAGAGCAGGAGUUGCUUGCUAAAAAGAACUGAUGUUUGCAAUUACAAUAUUUGACAUUUUUUUUCUUUUAUGUAAUGACCUCCUAUAGUAAAAUCUUCCUAUUUGUUUUGAUAAAAGCCUUGUCCCUAAUUAUGACCAGUGGUUAAACAUAUCCACUCAGCACUUAGAAGAUAAGACUUGAUAUCAAAAGUGCAUAUGAUCAUGUUCAAUCUUUAUUAUUAAUCACAGUAAUAUAUAUGGGAAUGUUCACAUCAAAGAUCAUGAACAGUAGAGUUUCUAAUUAAAGAGGUAAAAGAACAAAUUUGUAGACUGCAGUAAAUGUAUACGGUUUUGACAUACCUUCCUUGAAACCUAAAAUGAGCCCUUUUAUCGCAGAUUGCAAGCCAAAGCUAUAUGUAUCAUGGAACUCAUUAAAAACUACUGUAUUUUCUUUUUUAUUUGAUAGUGUGUAAGUUGAUCCUCAGUUUUCCCUCUUUAGAAAAAAAAGCUUUUCUUUUCUCAUAGCUCAGUCCAGCAGUAGCUCACAAUAAGCUCCAAGGAUUAAAGCUCCAGUCCCUCAUUUUCAGGAUCAAAUGGUAUCAGGCAGUUUGACUAAGCUGACCACUGUUGCAAAUGCGGAGGUAAGAACAUAGGGAUACAUCUGACAUCCCUGAAAUUGUGGGGUCUCAACAUCGACAAUAAGAAUUCUUGACCAUUUGGCUGGGUUAGAAAUUCUCUGUAAUGCAGUUUCCAUUGGUUUAAAGUAAAACAGGUACACUUUCAGUUAACUUGACUUGAGAUUCACCAAGUGGCUUGCAACAAGGUUUUUUAUUAUAUCAUUUAGGGUUUUUCUUGUGUGGAUUUUUUCAUACUCCUAUUUUUCUCAGUUUUAUUACACUCUCACUGUUCCAUAUCUGAGAAAUAUGAGGCUGUUUUCCAUAUGGUGUUUAAACGGGUGAUUUUCAUCUUUUUGAAGACAUUUCAUUCUUUUAGUUAAAAUCCGUAAAGAUCUGUCAGAUCUAUAGCAUAGUAGAUGUAUCUUGCCUUUCAUGUAUACUUACACCUUGUCUUUUCAAAAGUUUGGAACAAGUCUUCAGAUCUGAUCAAACAAAUUGAUAAUCUGAUAAUAUGUGGCAAUGUGGACUCAUAUUACUGUACUGAAUCAUUUCUAUUUUGCAUUUCAAAAUAGUCUUUCUGAUUCCCCUUGCUAAAGUGGAUAGGUUUGAGAUUUAGAACCACUGGUAAAGGUGACAAAUUCUCUUAUUUUAAUCAAGGCGCUUGAACAGAUGAUGAUGUUCCUCGUUGGACAAGUGGUUUUCGUGCUCGCCUACCAAUCCGGUGUUCCAAAGUUCAAUUCUCAGCUCUGCCAAUGUGGAAUCAGAUGAAUUUAUUUCUGGUGAUAGAAAUUCAUUUGUGGUUCGGAUCCCACAAUAAACUGUAAGUCCCUCUGCUAGGUAAUCAAUUGGUUCUUUGCCACAUAAAAAAUAUCUAAUCCUUCGGGCAAGCCCUAGGAGAGCUGUUAAUCAGCUCAGUGGUCUGGUAAAACUAAGGUAUACUUAUCUUGAACAGAUCAUGGUGAGUCACUGCAUGUGUGAGAAAAAUCCUUAGCGAAAUUCCAUACCUAUUCAUUUCUAAAGGCACAUCCCACAUAGUAACUCAGCGAACUUUGUUCGAUGUGGCGUCAGUAGUGGAGAAACAGCAACAAAGUUCUGACUUUUCCCCCUAUUUCUCCUCUUCUGACGUCACAUCGAAUAAAGUUUGUCGAGCUUGCUCGACCGUGUGGAUGAGGCCCAAGACUUUCAUGUCCAUCCUUCCAAAAAUACAUACCUAAUUGUUCUAAUUAUUCUUGUGUGGUUUGUGAGAGCUUUCUUCUAAAUCUUCAUUACUCAGGGCUUAUUAACCUAGUUUGGAAAUUAUGCCUCUCAUCACCGGCAUAGAUGUGCAAAGGUUUGUGAGCUUUAGAAGAACUAACAACCCUCGUACCCCGACUUUAUAUUUCAGUGAUUGAUUUCACAUCUCAAGAAUAUUAGCCUCUUAAUUAAUGCCUGGCUCCAUCUUCCCCAUUAUUUCAGCUGAGAAUGAACAGUGGUUAAGCUAGACCAAGUUGUUAUAAAUAACUUUAAUUUGUUGACAUUUUUAUUUUUGCUUGGCCCUUUUUUGUGAGAAAUUUAAUCGCAUGUAAAUCCAGAUCUAAUGCAUUCCUUCACAACCCUGAAACUAGCAUUUUCUUUACAUAGAUACCACUGUGUUGGGUAUUUCAAAUCUCCACAUGUUUUGCAUACAUCUAGUUACAAAAUUGGUUUGCUUUCUUUAGCUCAUGUAGCUAUAGCUAUAUUCUGAAUAGCAUAUUUACAAAAAUUUUCUAUCAGUAUUGGUAUGAAUAUUUAUGUAAUCUAGAUUUUAUUGAAAUUGUAUUAUAACAGUUGAAA